AUGAGAAAAUUAGUUAAGCUGUUUAAAAAUUGCUAGAUGACCUAAAAACCUUUUAUGUUUCAUUCACUGUAUAUGAAUUAAAGGUAUUUCUUUUCGCAACCUAGCUCAAAUACAAAUUCUUUCAAUCAGACUAUUGUAGUAGAUUACAAAAUAUCUUAAGAAGGUUAAGAAGGGAGAAAAAAUAUUGAUCUUAAUCUGUUAUCAAGAAAUUUAAAGCUAUAAAAUUUAUCCUAAGAGAGUGUUAAAUAAUAAUACUUGAUCAAUAUAUAAAAAUAACCAAGAAAAGCUGAAAUUCAUAUUAUUUAUGGAUUAAUAUUUUAGUCAAUGAAAAUCAUUGAAGAUGCUAAAAAUUGCUUUUAAGAGGCAAUCAAAAUUGAUCCAAAUAGCAUUUUAGCUCAUUAAUUUUUAGCAGAUAUUUAUGAAGAUAGCGGGAAUUUUUUAGAAGCUGAAAAGCAUUUACUGAAAGCUUUAGAAAUUAACUCAAAUUAAAUGCAUUUAAAUUAUAGGUUAGGAGUUCUUUAUUAAAAAACUGGAUAGCUUGAAAAGUCUAAGAAAUUCUUUCUUAUUUGUGAAGGCCAUGAGAAAGCUUUAAAAAUGAAAAGUUAAGACUAAUAAUCUUGUAUUUAGUUAGGAAAAUUCUACAAAAAGAUAGGAAAAAUUAAAGAGGCUGCUUAGUUUUUCUAAAAGGCAGAUGAAAUUCAACCUUUUUAAGAUAGUGAACUAAAUUAUAAUCUAGGUUUACUCUUUUGUUAAGCAAAAUAAUUUCAAGAGUCAAUAAAAUAUCUACUGAAAUAUAAAGAAAAAUAUCCAUAACACUUUAACACCAACUAUGUUCUUGGGGAAGCUUACUUACAACUAAAGUAAUUAAAAGAAUCUGAAAUUUGCUUUCUUUAGGCUCUCGAAAUUGAACCAUAAUCAGCAGACGUGUGCUUUUCUCUAGGAUUGAUUUAUUAUAAUUUAAAGAAGAAAGAAAAAGCUUAUAAAUAUUUUUUAAAAGUUUAAAAAAUUAAUCCUAAAGAUUUAGAUUCAGCUUUUUAUUUAGGGUGUUUGUAUUAAGGUGAUAAUAAAUAAGAAGACGCAAUUUGUUGUUUCUAAAAGGUUUUAGAAAUUAUUCCUUAAUGCUUCGAAGCUAAUUUUUACUUAGGAUUUUCUUUAGACUUAGUUGGAAAAGUAGAAGAGGCUAAAGAGUAAUUCUAAAAGGCUUUUGUAAUCAAACCGUAAUCAGUAAAAGAAUAUGCCUAAUUAGGAAAUUUUUACUUGUAGUUUGGUAGGAAAUAUGAAGCCUAAAAGUGUUUCAUAAAGGGUUUUAACAAUAAUCCUAUAGAAUUUGAGUCGUUUAUUUCAUAAAAUGUUGAUAGUUAAUUAUUCACAAAUUUAAAAGUCCAAAAAGAUUUAGAUAAAAUAAAUGAAAAAAACUUUUAUUCUAGCCUCUACCUAGGAUCUGUUUAUGAAUUAAUUGGAAGGUCAGAAGAUGCCAAAAAACAUUACUUUAAAGUUCUAGAAUUGUAGCCAAAUUUAUUGUAUGUGAACUUGUAAUUAGGAAUACUUUAUAUGAAUGAAAAAAAUGAAAAAGAAUCUGAAUCGUUUUUAAAAAAGGCUUAUAAUAUUGAUCCUAACAAUUUUGAUACUAAUAUAAAUUUAGGAUUAUUUUAUUUAUAUAUUGAAAGAUAAAAUGAGGGAAAUGAUGAAAUUGCAAAAAAAUAUUUCUAAAAGGCUUUAGAAAUAGAACCAUUAUCUGAAGAUGGAUUUAUUUAUUUAGGAAUUAUCUAUUUGAAUUAAAAUAUGCUAAAAGAAGCUGAAUUUUAUUUAACGAAAGCUUAUUAAAUAAAUCCUAAUAGCUUUAAGUGUAAUUCUCAACUUGGAAAAUAUUAUUUUGCAAUUUAAAAACUUGAAGAAUCAAUAAAAUAUUACCUAGUUGCUUAAAAAAUAAAACCUUCAGAUUAUGAAAUUAAUUUUAAUUUAGGAAUUUUAUAUUUAAAAAUGGAAAAUCUAGAAAAUGCAGAAUAAUAUUUCCUGAAAGUUUUACAAGCAUAGGUUCAAGAAUAAAAUGUAUUUUUUUAUUUAGGAUAAGUCUAUUUAAACCAAAAUAAAAUGAAAUAAGCAGAAUAUAAUUUUCUAAAGGCUGUUGAAUUUGAUCCUUAAGAAUUUUAAUGGCCAAAAUUUAUAGGAGAUUUAUAUUUAAGCUUUAAAAAAUUUGAAGAAGCUAGAUUUUAUUAUCAGAAGGCUUUAAAUUUAAAACCAUCAUCAGAAGAAAGUUUGUUAAAAUUAAUACAUAUUUACUAUAAGUGCAACAUUUCUUAAGAGAUUUAGCCAUUUCUUAUUGAAUUCUUAGAAAAAAACCCAGAAAAUUUAUAAGCAAUUAUUUUACUAGGAGGUCAUUUUGAUGAUAUUGGAAAAUUUACAGAAGCUUAGUAAUACUACUUAUAAGCUCUAUAGAUCAAUCCUGAUAGCUUUAAAGCGAUUUGCCACUUGAUUUAGAGUUAUAUAAGAACUGGAGAAAUAGAAAAUGCAAAAUAUUAUUUUGAGAAACUUUUAAAAUUAAAGAUAAGUAAAGAUGAAGAAUAAUAUAUAAAUAUUGGAAUUUUAUAAGUAUAAUUUCAAUAAAUAGAAGAAUCUAUUUAAAGUUUCUUAAAAGCUUUAGAAAUAAAUCCUUAAAAUAGCUAAACUCAUUAUAAAUUAGCAGAUUGUUACGAGAAAAUUGGAAGGAAUGAAGAUUCAAAAAAAUACUACUUAAAGGCUAUAGAAAUUAACCCUGAAUUUGAAGAAGCUUUAUAUCAACUUGGGGAUUACUAUUUCAAAAACUGUAAGCCAGUUGAAGCCUAAAAAUAUUAUCAAAAGGUUUUAUCAAUAAAUCCUCAAUAAUUAAAUUGCCAUAUUAAAUUAGCUUAUAUUUUUUAGAAAUUCAAUUAAUUCGAAGAUGCUAAAUACCAUUUCCAUAAAGUUUUAAAAAUUGAUCCUAAUUUUUUGAGCUAGUUGCAGGAUGAAGAAGCCAAAACUUUCUAUGAAAAACUAUUAUGA